AUGAAGGGUACAGGUCUUACCAGCCGGACUCGCAAACCGCCGGAGAGACCGACCAGGGGGGAAGGAUCCGAUGAAGAUGCUCCUGAUCAGCAAGUGGACGCGCUGAGGCUACCAGCAGACCCGUCUCUCUCAGAUGAACCUAGCGAAGUUGGGGAUAUUUUGCACGACGAGGUGAACGCACAUCAGAAGGACUUUGGCAGACAUGUUUCUUCGGAACAGUCAGCCUCGGAUCCAGAGAAUGAGAAUGGCGACAGUCUGUCAGUUAGCCUAUUCCAGAAGCAUUUCUAUAUCGAGGUGCCCAAACUAUCAGACCACGAGAAGGAAAUGUACAAAUACCUGCCAGGACAUUUCUCUGUGGCCAGGAUAUUGUCUGAGAAUGAAAACAAGACCUAUGUUGUUGAGCUCGAAAGUGGAGAGCAAGAUACUGUCUCUGCGCGAGAACUUCGAGACCUUGACAACGGCUACGGUGCAUUGCAAGAGUUCGAAGCUAGUGUUGCGUUGAGCAGAGCUAGGCGAACUUCGCGGAAAGAUCCCAGCAUGGUGGACUGGACGACAAUACCUCUGUCAGAGUCGGAAGAGGAACCUGAGUCCAAGCGCCGCCGUAAAGGAGCACACGAAAGUGAGGCCUCCGGAGAGGAUGAGGGUAGAGACCUGUCCGAGGCGGACGAUGAAAGCCUCUCGGACGAAGACUUUGGGAAGGGCAGACGUUCGGCAAGGCUCAGCAAGCUACGAAAGUCAGCAUAUCUCAAAGAAGAACUCGUCGACCUUGAAGAUGACACUGACACUCAUACAACAAGACGAGGUGGGAGAGCACGUGCCUCCACACAGCGAUCUAAAAGAUCAUCUACAAGAGGGAUUGCGCGUCUGGUGCGCAGGUCCGGACCAAGACGUGACUCGUCUUCGGACUCAGAAAUGCUCAAGGCCACACGUCGAUCUGAGCGAACAAAGACCAGACCAAAACGCAGCAUGCGAGAACGUCAAGAAGAUGAGAUCUCAAGCUACGAAGAAGAAAAGGCGGGCCCAAAGGUCGUCAGCACGAAGGAACACUUCAAUCGGGUUCCCGAAAAUGACCCUUUCAGGAGAAGACAUCGGCAAGAAUGUGACACGUGCUACUUUAAAGGCGAUGACAAUGCUAAGGGACCCUUGGUCUUCUGUCAGGGCUGCACCAACUGCUACCACAAGGUCUGCCUUGGAUUUCGUGGCACCAGAGAUCACCUGGUCACAAAGGUGGGUGAAGAUCUGUUCGUCUUGCAAUGUAGGCGCUGUAUUGGGCUCGCUCACGAAAAAGACCAAUCGGCCCCCCAUCAGGGGCGUUGCUCAGGCUGCCAUGAACUGGGAGAAUUAUCGAAACCGUUUCGUGGUCGUCUGACGACUCGUCAAGAGCAACUACAACGAGAAGAGAAUGGAGGGAAAGAUCCAAUCACCAUUGUCGAAUCCAGGCUUAUUAACAAUAUCACGCAUGUGAUGUUCAGAUGCUCGUACUGUGCGCGUGCGUGGCAUAUGCAUCAUCUUCCCAAGCGUAAGACAGCACAUUCCCUUGACGAUGAAGAAGAGGAUGUGGUGGAUGAGACGCAGCUGGCCCAGAAACGCUUUGAACACUACCAUCGUUCGUGGGUUUGCAAAGAUUGUAUUGAGAAUCAACAUCAGAUUGACGCUCUUGUGGCGUGGCGGCCGGUCGACCUUGAAACAUACGUCCCAGGAACUAUUGUCACUGAAAUACCGGAAAGUGACAAGGAGUACCUGAUCAAAUGGCGAAAACUAUCUUAUUUUCGGACUACAUGGAUGCCAGGAGACUGGGUCUGGGGUGUUUCGGUGGGACCCAUGCGCACAGCUUUCACCAAGAAAGCAGAGAACCAGCUGCCAAAGAUGACCACAGCCGAUGCGAUUCCAGAGGAGGUGUUCCGGGUAGACAUCGUUUUCGACGUGCGCUACUCGAGUGUCGUCCGCAACAGUACCAGGGAGAUCGACCUCGCGCGUGUCAAGGAGGUUGACUUGGCUUUUGUCAAAUACAAGGGUCUCGGCUAUGAGGAUGCUAUUUGGGAGAAGCCACCUGUCUAUGCCGACACGGAACGAUGGAAUGAUUUCAAAGCGGCAUACGAGGACUAUGUGAUGAAGCUUCAUUUGUCGAUACCGCCUCAGACAACACUAAAGCGCCACCUGACGCAGAUUCGAACUUUGGACUUCGAGACCAACCUGAUCAAGAAGACGCAGCCAAGCAUCGUGACUGGUGGAGAGUUGAUGCGUUACCAAUUGGAGGGUCUGAAUUGGCUCCUCUAUCAGUGGUUCACCAACCAAAAUGCCAUUCUGGCGGAUGAAAUGGGGCUGGGCAAGACCAUUCAGCUUGUCGCUUUCUUCGCUACACUGGUCCAGGAUCACAAAUGCUGGCCUUUUCUUGUGGUAGUUCCAAACUCGACAUGUCCAAAUUGGCGCCGCGAGAUACAGAAAUGGGCGCCUUCUCUCAGAGUGGUCACAUAUUACGGGUCAUCAGCGGCCAGGCAGCUGACGCACGAUUACGAAUUAUUUCCCAAAGACAAGGAAGAAGACGCUCAUGGGCCACCGAAGAAGAGGGCCAACGAGGUCAAAGACAUCAAAGCCCACAUCGUGGUGACGUCUUACGAGUCAAUCGUGGAAGAGAAGACUCGGAAAAGUUUGAUUAAGGUCCCCUGGCAAGCCCUGGUUGUUGACGAAGGACAGCGGUUGAAGAGCGAUCGGACGCAGAUAUACGAACUCCUCUCAAAAUUCCGCUUCCCGUUCAAAGUCUUGUUGACUGGAACACCCCUUCAGAACAAUGCUCGGGAGCUGUUCAACCUUCUGCAGUUCCUCGACAGGAGCGUCAGUGCCGCUGACCUUGAAGCCAAAUAUGCCAAUCUUACCCAGGACAACGUUCCUGAACUCCACGCCAUGCUCCGAAAGUUCUUUCUUCGACGUACCAAGGCACAGGUGUUGACAUUCCUCCCUCCCAUGGCACAGAUUAUUGUGCCCGUCAGCAUGUCAACCGUCCAGAAAAAAGUCUACAAGUCUAUUUUGGCCAAAAACCCGCAGCUAAUGAGGUCGAUUUUUGCCCGGGACAGCAAUAUCCCUCACAAGGAAAGAUAUGGCCUGAACAACAUUCUCAUGCAGCUGCGCAAGUGUCUGUGCCACCCUUUUGUUUACAGCCGUGAGAUUGAGGAGCGAGCAGUCGAUAGCGCGGUGUCGUAUCGCAACUUGGUCGAAGCGUCCUCCAAGUUGCAGUUGCUCACCGUUAUGCUCCCCAAACUACAAGAGCGUGGGCAUCGGGUCCUCUUGUUCUCCCAGUUUCUUGACAAUCUGGAUGUUCUGGAAGACUUUCUUGACGGACUCGGGAUGCAACAUCGCCGGCUUGACGGACAAAUUUCUGCCGCUGAGAAACAAAAACGAAUUGACGAAUUCAAUGCACCAGACUCACCGUACUUUGCCUUUCUGUUGUCGACGCGAGCCGGUGGAGUUGGAAUCAAUCUCGCCACUGCCGACACGGUCAUCAUUCUCGAUCCAGAUUUCAACCCGCACCAGGACAUCCAAGCACUUUCCCGAGCCCACCGCAUCGGUCAGAAGAACAAAGUUCUUGUCUUCCAACUCAUGACUCGAGGCAGCGUUGAAGAGAAGAUUAUCCAGAUUGGUCGAAAAAAGAUGGCACUAGAUCAUGUGCUCAUCGAGCGAAUGGACAAGGAAGACGAUGCAGGCGAGGAUCUGGAGUCGAUUCUUCGGUACGGUGCUGAGGCUCUAUUCCAGGAGGACUCCAGUGCUGAUGACAUUAUUUACGACUCGGCAUCAAUCGAUCGGCUUCUUGACCGGACGCAGGUCGAGGACACAAAGAUCGACGAAGGCAAAUCGGCCGAAUCACAAUUUAGCUUCGCUCGAAUCUGGGCCAACGACAAAUCUACAUUGGAAGAGGAUUUGCUAGACGUCACUGGUCAGAGCACCCCUAACCCGGGAAUUUGGGAUAAGAUAUUGCAGGAACGCGAACGACAGUUUGCCGAGGAGCAAGCCAUGAAAGCUCAGGCUUUGGGGCGCGGCAAGCGGAAGCGACAGAACGUCGACUAUAGUCUCGACGACGGCGAGAAAGGAGAACCUCGUUCGAGCAAGGUCAAUCGCGGCGUCAAGGCGGGCGAUCCUGACUACAGAGCCCCUCAGAAUCCAUCUGAGGAUGAAGAAGUCACAGAGACAGACUCGACGGCACAUUCACGACGAAAGGUUCAAGCACGACCAUUCCGGCGAGUACGCGUUCCCUUGGGACCAGCACCACACUUCAAUGAGGACGUGACUUUUGACCGUGGACCGGUGCAACAGAUGCCGGUGGUGCAUCAUUGCUCUGCGUGCAAUGAGCAACAUCCCAUGGGCUGGUGUCGGUUGAAGUUGGCAGGUGUUGAACAUUGCGGGCUGUGCGGGAUAGCGCAUCUGGGGCAUUCUCGAACGUGCCCGCAUCUCAACAAUGAGGACCAGGUUAUGACUAUGUUACAGACGCUCAAGGAAAGCAUCGAAAGUCGGGAGCUGAUCGACCAAGCCACGAAAUACCUACGCAUGGUGAGGGGGGAUCUUGUGCAACGCAAACGGGUUCGCGAUCGCAAAGAACUUGAGACGCUGGCACAACAACAGCCUCCAGCUCACCAACAACAUCCUCCAGCCCACCAACAGCAGCUUCAGCAGCCUCAGCAGCCGCUGCCUUCGGACGUUGGACUUCGAACAUGGUUGCACGAAAAAUGA